AGGAUGGUGUCCCGCAAGGCCGUGGCUGCCCUGCUGGUGGUGCACGCGGCCGCCAUGCUGGCCUCCCAGACAGAAGCCGUUGUUCCCAUCUUCACCUACAGUGAACUCAAGAAGAUGCAGGAAAAGGAGCGGAAUAAAAGGCAAAAGAAAUCCACGAGCGUACAGCAGAUGUCUGAGGAGGCGGGCCUUCUGGACCCCGCAGAGGCUGCAGGGGAAGAAAGAAACCAAAUUAUCAAGCUGACUGCUCCUGUGGAAAUUGGAAUGAGGAUGAACUCCAGGCAGCUGGAAAAGUACCGGGCGGCCCUGGAAGGGCUGCUGAGCAAGGUGCUGCUGUCUACAGAGAAGGGAGCCCCCAGAAGGCCAGUGUCUGUCUGUCCUGGGGCAGGGCCCGCACCCCCUCGGCGCUCAGUGGCGGCCACGACCUGA